AUGUAUGAGGGCUUAAGUGCUAAUGUGUUUGAUUUGUUGUCCCAUAUGUCAGGUCGCGCUGAUUUCGGUGGUAUAGACAACGCAGCCCUUGAUUUCAGUCAAUUGGAGGACUAUAUCAAUGACGAGGAGGACAACCAAAAUACUAUCUAUUUCCAAGAAGCGUUAGUUAGCAGUGAUCUCAGGCUCGAAGAAUCGGCCAGAAGUGCAAUCAAAGUCGGCCCAAAUCCAGGCCAACAUCCUCCGGCCCCACAUCCGGGUGCGCCACCACCACAGGGUCCGCCCCUAUCGCAGCAAUACGCCGGUCAGCCGGGAGUGAUUCCGGGACCAACACCGGCCCCUCGAACCACCACAACAACGGUCACACUUGCCGUCAAUAAUAGCAAUAAAUCACCGAAAUCUCAGUCCAGAAAUCAGCAAAAUCUCACGCAAUCGCCAUUAACUCAUCCCAACCCUCAUCCACAACAACAAACUCAUCCACAUUUGCGCCAAACAGUGACAGUACACCCGCCGCCCAUCAAUAACUCGGUCACAAUUACCCAUAUCGGCUAUAAAGGACAUAACGGUCCUCCAGUACCACAGCCCCCACCGCAACACACGAACGGUCAGCCCAGACAUCAUUUGCCGGAUUCGCCGCCCGAUUCCGGAUCAGAGCCGCCCUUUUCACCACUAAAUGACGACAAACUAGUGAACAGUGCGAACAGUGUUGGUCCACAACCCACUAACCCAUCGGACAUAAUGCUCGGACAGGGAUUGGAGGGAAUGAAGCAAUUCAUUAACUAUAAUCACAAUUCACUCAAACAACUUAUGCCACAAAAUGAGACCUCUUUGACGAUUACACCGCCACACCUUUCGCCUCAGCAGCCAAUGACAGGACUGCCACCCAUGCACUCGCAUCCGGUCACUCUUAUACCGCAAGAUGUGCCGCCAAUCAACCAAAUGGUUCCCAUACCGGGCCCACUGGGCAUACAGGCCACUCCCGCACCUACAGGUCUGGGACCGCCAGCAGCGGGACACCUGACGACCCUCUAUGGCACAGGCGAUGACUAUUUGGCCGCCUGUGAGUGCAUCAGUUCACCCGAACAACAGCCACAACAGCACCCAAACAGUCAGACCAAUGGUCCCAAUAAUAAGAAACGAAAGAUUUCGGGCAAACAAAACACCAGUAAUGCAAAUAUGAUGAACGGAGGGGUCGUUCACAUUAAACAAGAACCGGACGGCCUGUCCCCUGAGCCCAACACAGGCAACAAUAGCCUACACACGACUACAUCGAUGAUAGUGCCCGGAGAUGAGGAGUACUUCGAGUACGGGCCGGAUGGACAGCUGUAUCUCGAUUCGGUCUAUCAGUGCAUUCGGUUUCAAGUGUUUCAAAACACUCCCUUUUCUUUGUUAUGUGACUCUACUCUUAAAGAAUUACCUCAGCCCAACUACAGGGUUGACGCCGACAAGGGCUUCAACUUUAGUAACGCUGACGACGCGUUCGUGUGCCAGAAGAAGAACCACUUCCAGGUGACGGUUCACAUACAGCCCAUCGGACUGCCAGCCUAUGCCAAGACGCCCGACGGCAUCAAAAAGAUUGACAACUUUUAUCUCCAUUUCUAUGGCGUGAAAGUGGAAUCGCCGGCGCAGACCAUUAAAGUGGAACAAAGUCAGAGCGACAGAAGCAAAAAGGCUUUCCAUCCCGUCCUAGUUGAGUUGAGUCCGGAUCAGGUCUCGAAGACAACUGUGGGUCGAUUGCAUUUCAGUGAAACCACGUCUAACAACAUGCGAAAGAAGGGUAAACCAAACCCGGAUCAGAGAUACUUCUAUUUGGUGGUUGCACUGCACGCUCAUGUGGCCGACCAGUCCUAUCAGAUCAUAGCUCACGCCUCUGAACGCAUUAUUGUCAGGGCCUCAAAUCCGGGUCAGUUUGAGAAUGACAUAGAGUUGUCGUGGCAAAAGGGUCACUCGCCUGAGUCCAUAUACCACGCGGGACGGGUCGGCGUCAACACCGACCGGCCCGACGAGUCACUCGUGGUCUACGGCAACGUCAAAGUGACGGGUCAUAUCAUACAGCCGUCCGACCAAAGGGCCAAAACAAACAUUGAAGAGUUGGACACUAAGGAGCAGCUGAAGAACGUGCAGAACAUGCGGAUCGUUAGGUAUCAGUUUAAGCCGCAGUUCGCCAAAGAGGUCGGACUUACCAACGAUGAGAUCAAUGGGACGGGAGUUUUGGCGCAAGAGGUGCAGCAGAUAUUGCCCGACGCCGUCAAAGAGACGGGCGAUGUUGUGCUGCCGGACGGCGAGACCAUUGAGAACUUCCUGGUCGUCAAUAAGGACCGCAUAUUCAUGGAGAAUGUCGGCGCUGUUAAGGAGUUGUGUAAAGUGACCGACAAUUUGGAGACAAGAAUCGAUGAAUUGGAGAGAAUGAACAAUAAGCUCAAUAAAUUCAAUCGGUUUGACUCCAUCAAGAGUGUCAUCUCGACCUCCAGUAUCGCCAGUGGAAGCACUGUUACCUGUAAUUCAAGCCUCGCAUCUAUCGCCACAUUAUAUGUACUCGAAUACCAUAGAAGACAUUCACAUCAUCAGCCAUUACUAGACACACAGCCAUUGCAGACAUUUUCUAAUCACAACACACAUUCAUCACCUGUAUAUACAAACAGUCCAUUGAAUCCAUUCACGCACUCCAUGUCCACUUCUGGUGUCACAUAUCAUGACCCGCAGUCAAUCAUGCAGUCGACAGACAAGAGACACAAUCCUAAUAGAGAUAAGUCUCAUCCGUCGUAUACGACGGCGUCGACCACUCGAGUCCGGCCGACAUCCAUACCAAUACUCAAACCGCAAGUGUUGGGCAUUCCGUACAGCUGUCUGGACAUGAAUACAGUCAUACCUUCGUGUCCGACCCAUUGCUGCAGCGAUGGAGGGCUACAGCAGUCGCGAAGGAGCACCACAUCGACGCAGUCCUCACAACCGACCAGUUUCAUAGAGGAGACAGCGAAUGGUGACCUCAAUCACGCGAAUACAUUGAAUAGAGUGGUGGACAGCGAGCCGACGAGUAUUUAUAACUCGACGCUCGGACUCUACGAUAAACUGCUUAAUAAUUCGUUGGCAAGAAAUCCCGAGACAAUAGUGGACACCAAGAAGCGAGUGGACGAGACAUUCGCUGUCAAGUAUGGAUCCGUUGACCUCCAGAGUCAGAACGAGUACCCGAAGAGUGAAGACGCGUCGAGAGAUAAAAGAGAGACGAGUGAAGCGAAUCAGAAGGAGUCGGCAUUCAAUUCGUUGCCACAAAAAGAUUUGUCAAAAUCUGUGGAUUUAAUCAAAUUAAUUGAAUUGAACGCUACGAUUGGCCGCCAGUAUUGCAAUACAUUGCAAUGCAUUCAGGGCUCGGGUCCUAAAUUCAAUUAUCUCAUACCACUGUCCAAAUACAUGGAACUGGAAUACGUGACCCUCCAGUUUAGUCUUAACCAACACAUGAAGGUCGACCACUGCGAGUCCAAAUCCAAGCCCACGAGCUGUUCCAAUGCACACGAUGAUGAUGUGCCCCAAUCCUACCACAGAUCAACUGAUCAUAUAUUAGUGCCAGAGAUGACACCCAAUUGGCGAAUCCCUAUCGGGCUAUACAUGAGAAGUGCUUUCAUAUUCCGUAUACUAUCGCGCGAUUCUGUGUCAGAUUCGGUCAGUAUUUUUAUUGUCAAAAUAUAG